CCGGAGAGGGCCGGGAAACACAUAAAAGCUCGCCAGCCCAACCCCACAUCCCCCCCAACAAAACACUUGCAUUCGACAAACGCAGCACGCACCCCGCCACCUUUCGCAACUCACCCACACACAAAACAACUAGCAAAAAUGGUCAAGGCUGUCACAACCGCUGAUGAGUUCAACUCUAUCAUCAAGAGCUCGCCUCUUGUGAUUGUUGACUUCCACGCCACAUGGUGCGGACCAUGCAAGAUGAUCGCCCCCAAGUACGAGGAGUUCUCCAACAAGUACAGCAAGGCUACCUUCAUCAAGGUCGACGUGGACGAGGUCCCCGAGGUCGCAGAACAAGUCGGUGUCACCUCCAUGCCCACGUUCCUCAUCUACUCCAACGGCGAGCGCGUCGGCGAGAUCGUCGGUGCCAACCCUACAAAGCUCGAGACUGAGAUUAGGAAGUUUGCUGAGCAGCAGUAGAUUUACUAUGUCUUGAGAAUCGGGUCCUACCCUUCCUAUGUAUAUAACAUAAUUUCUUCUCGCCCAUGUUUGGAAAUGAAAUCAUCCGAUUUUCCCAUG